UAUAUAUAUAUAUAUAUAUAUAUAUGUAUAUAUAAAUAUAAAAACAAAUUAUAUAUAUAUAAAUAUAAAAAUAAAUUAUAUAUAAUCUGCUCCGUGAUUGACUGGAACAAGAUCAUAAACACACGAGAGCAGAGCAGUUUAAUAUGACACUACUGUAGAUUAAAUACUUUUGCCCUGCAGUACAUGUGAAUUCAUGAGGGAUCCCUCAAUCAUCAUAAUAUGCUAGCUCAAAAUCAUCGUUUAUUUGUAACAUACAAUUUAUAUAUACUAAUUUAAGUUAUGUAUUUUUUUUUAGAUAUAUAGAAUGUAUUUAAAAUUAUGUACACACAUAGAACAAUUGUGAAACUGAUUAAUAAUAUGUCUACGUAACGUAUCGGGAUGUUUCUUUUGUUUUGUGUUAUUUCAAUAAUUUACUACUCAUGAAUUAUUAUAAUAAUAAUAAUAAUAAUAAUAAUAAUAAUAAUAAUAAUAAUAAUAAUAAUUUAUUUGCCACAAUUUUAUCAUUAACUGAGUUCCUUUUUACUGUAUUAAUACAUAGAAAUUGAAUAACAUACUGUACCGAAUUGAAUUCAAUAAUAACUCAUUUAAUUGUUUUAGAGGCUUAAAGGUGAGAAUUACAGUCAACAUAUUUACCCUGCAAUUCGUUAAUAAUAUUCAUAUCCGUGUUUACGAAGAGCUAUCACAGCAUCUACCGACUAAAAUACAAUUUCUAAAGCGUUUGUGUACAGAUAUAUAAUUAUAAUGGGCAUAGUAUAACUAGGAAGUACCGGUAGUCAUUUUACCCUGGUAUAACAUAGAAAUAGGAAAUAGUGUAUAAAAUGGCGAAUUAUAGAGAUGUAUAUUAAUAUUUGUGUCUACUUAGCAGUUUAUAAUUGUAAAUGUGAAUAUUCUAAUGAUAUUUCAGAAUAUGUUCAAAAAAAUGAAUAUACUAUAAUAAAUAUUUAAUAUCAAAAUGGCAGUUAAAAAUAUUAGACCCUUAAAUCUGUUAAUGAAAUUCAUGUCAAUGUUUACAAAGCGCUAAGCUUUCAUUAUCCAUCAUAUAUUCGUAAAACAGCAAGUAAAGGUAUCAGCAAUGGCGCUGUCAUUGGUGGCGAAGAUUCUUUUUGUUUCAUUAAACUACAGUUUGAUUCUAAGUUUGGAAUGCCAAGGCAAAGAAAGAGUUGAUGCUUUGGAAACACACGACUGUCUGCGUACCUGUGAAUAUCCUGCAAAACCGAAAGUAUGUGAAUAUGUAUUCUCAGCAAAAUGGUUCUACUCCAUGUCUUCAUACUGCUUCGAUUGUCCAGUAAUGUUGGACGACUGCUACUUAGAAGAAUGUGUAGCGCUUGACGGUUCCGCUCGACCAGUUGUCGUCACCAACAGCACGAUACCCGGACCGAGCAUUCAGGUGUGUGAAGGUGAUACAGUUCGAGUGAAAUUGGUUAAUAAUCUACAAGACCACGGUGCCUUGACAAUCCAUUGGUAUGGAAUACAUCAAGUCGGUACAAACUGGAUGGACGGUGCAUCCAUGAUAACACAAUGUCCAGUUGUGUCUUCGUCUUCAUUUACCUAUGAAUUUAAAGCAGACCCGGCAGGGACCCAUUGGUGGCACGCCCAUUCUGGUUACCAGAGGGAUGAUGGUAUGUACGGUUCAUUGAUUGUAAGGCAAGCGAGGGAAGUUGAACAUAAUGGAUAUGCCUAUGAUUUUGAUCUUCCGGAGCAUGUGGUGAUGUUGGCGGACUGGAAGAGUCGACCCGCCAUGAGUACAUUUUUGAUGACGGAAAGUCCCACCAGAUACGUCAUACCAGAAGAACAAACAUUUUCAAUAUUAGUGAAUGGAAGGGCGAAGGAAGUUCCAUUUAAUGAUGAGUAUGGAGAGACCUACUUCACACCACUUUCAAGUUUUAAAGUUGAAGAAGGUAUGACGUACCGUUUUCGGGUGAUCAGCGCGGCUUUUGCUUUGUGUAAUUUACAAGUAUCAAUUGAAUCACAUCCUCUGACUAUCAUCGCAGUAGAUGGAUCUGAAGUGAGACCCAAAGAAGUAGAUUCCUUCGUUAUAGCUCCAGGAGAAAGAUAUGACUUCCUGUUGAAAGCAACUGCUAAGCCAGCAUCUUACUGUAUAUUUUUAGCUGGAACCUCAUCUACCGAGUGUGUUGAUGACGGAGUUGCCAUGUUACAGUACAGUACUGGUUCAAAAGAAGAACUUUCAUGCUUGCCGGUUCCAGAAGUCCCCGCGCAACUUACAGAUACAGCGAUAUUUUCAGUACUGGAAUCAUACCCGCUUGAUUACUUUGAUGAAGAUCUACAUAGUGUAGAUGCCAAAUAUUACAUCUCGUUGUCUUUACUACGGACGACAUAUUUCAGCGAUGACGGACGGCCAUUAGAUAGUGGUGUACUUUCAAAUUUCCAAAUCGAUAAUGUCAACUUUAUCUACCCGAAUGCUCCUAUUCUGUCAAAUAAGCAAGCAAACAUAGAAACCUGUCAUCCGAAUCAGGACAGUUCCUUCUAUGACAAAUGUGCCGAAGAGGUGUGUGACUGCACCAAUGUUUUAAAGCUGCCGCUUGGACAGGUUGUAGAAUUCAUCAUGGUCAAUGUUAAUGAGGAUGACUACGCGAUGCAUAUGCAUGGUAAUUCAUUCAGAAUCCUAGCGCAAGAAACCAUCGGAAGUGGACCAGCGACGACAAAGGAUUACGUUAGAUCGCUCGAUGAGGCAGGCUUGCUGUCCCGAAUUUCACCCGCAAAUGCUGUCAUCAAAGACACUGUAAAUGUUCCAGGUUUCGGCUACGUCAUCAUAAGGUGGAAGACGGAGAAUCCAGGAUAUUGGUUUUUCCAUUGCCAAACCAACAGCCAUUUAGAAACUGGACAAGGCACAAUUCUCCAAAUCGGCGAGACUGAUGAAAUUCCAGCAGCCCCUGAGGAUUUUCCAAACUGUGGGCCGUGGCCUUCAAAUUAAUAAUUAGGACGAUUAUCAUUGGAAAAGUGGAAAAUAGGCCAGCUUGAAGUAUGCCUAUGUUUUUAGAACUGAUUGUCUAAAGUAAAUAUAAAAUUUGCAAUAUGGCUUACACAAUUUAUCUUUUAUAGUUGUUUCUAUCAUUUCAUCAACAAGGUAACUCCAAUAACAGUCUCAUUAUAAUGCUUGCUUAGGGAAUUGACGGUGUAUAUUAUCAAAUAAUAAAAUUAAUAACUUGAACAGCAACUGAACCUAGAACUUUGGGACUGGAAGGCAAGCAUCUUAAUUACCAAGUUAAAGCUCCACUUUUAAAUCCAUAUUAUUUUUGUAUCAUUCAAGACCAAAAUAAUCAUCGUGAAACAUAAACCUAAAUAUAAAAGAUUACAAAAAAUAAACAAAGUUUACACAACCCAUGCCCACCGUAUUCAGGGAUAACUUUGUAUAAAUAUCAUCUAUUUAUUGGGUUUUUUUCUCUAAUUUACAUAUUCCACUCAUUUGUUGUUUGAAUUAAUUAUGUAUUAAUCUAUACGAGUAAAUGCAUAAGUCUGUACCAUAUGUUUGGAUAAUUUCAAAUGGUAGUAUUAAACAUAGUGAUACUACAUGUAGAUGAUCACGUGAUCAUACCAGUAUAAUUGCCAAACAGUAAAUAAAUGUAAAUUGCAUCAGUGCCUUCAUAUUAUCUGUUAUUAUCUGUUUAUAAGCGGCGAAUAUAAGCUGGACAACGUUCAUAACAUCUUUACUUUUAGGUUUUUAUUUAACCUACCUGUUCAUUUAUGUAAAAAUUCUUCUGAUCUAUCAUGAGAGAAGUUCCUUGUUUUGGGCAUAGGCCCUUUGCCACCAGGUCAUUUGCCACCUGGCCAUUUACCACCAGGCCUUUUACCACCCGGUCUUUUGCCACCGAGGGGAAAUGAAUUCAGGUAAUAAAAGGCCAAUUGGUAAACUACCGAAUGUGAAAUUGCCGUGUGUUAAAUGACCGGAUGUCGACACAGGCCUCAAGGUGGCAAAAGACCAGUUGGCAAAAGUACGUGUGGAAAAUUGCCUUGUGGUAAAUGUCUGGAUGAAAAAAUCAUAUAUUCGCUUAUCGCUUAUUUAAUUGAAACGGGUAAAUUUUGUGUUGCAGUAAUGGUUAUUGGGAUCACAGAAUUCAAUUAGAGACGAAAAAGCUAGGACAGCAAUCAUAUUGAAAUUCAAGAUGACCGCCUCGAAAUAUCAAUUUUUUAAAAUAUAAUAUUUUGUAGGAUAGUUGUUGAACGCCGCCAGUCUAUUUCAGUAUUUUUCUUUUUAUGUGUACAUAAUAUGGGUGAUGUCCCCACUUGUUAUAGGGUACCCACUUUAUUUUUCACAUACUGAACUCAAAAAGCAAAUUGUGCCAAAAUCGUAGUAAAUUUUGCUAUAUUUAUAACGCAAAUUUUAAUUCCACAACCCCUCUGUAAGUGUUGCCGAAACUGUACAGUUUAUACUUUUUAGCGACCCUUUCUUAGUAUGCUUAGUUUUUCCAUUUUUACGGUUCCUUAAUUUUUGGGUCUCAAAUGAUAAAGUUGGGGAAAAUAUUUCAAUAACUCGACGUUUCACCUGAUCGCUUAUUAUGUCUUCAUAGCUGUCGUAAACAUGAGAAUAAUAAGAGGCUUAUACGUGGCCAAACCUACAAAAAUGGCACAAAAAGGCAAAAAAA